ACGCUCCUUUUCUCAGCCACCUCUUCUCGAAUAUUCUUCUCUUCCUAGAAAUUUCAGCAAACUCUCUUUUUCUCUCUCUCUCUCUCUUUUUUUAAGCUUUGCUCUUAAAAACCUCUCCUUUUCACUUCCAACUUUCUCAGCCUCUAGUAGAAGAACCGAAAAAAGAGAGAGAGAAAUGGCGUCGUUUUCUGAAGCUCCACCUGGCGAUCCAAAGGUCGGAGAGAAGAUCUUCAAAACCAAGUGCGCUCAGUGCCACACCGUUGACAAAGGCGCUGGUCACAAGCAAGGUCCCAAUCUGAAUGGCUUGUUCGGAAGGCAGUCUGGUACAACUCCUGGGUACUCCUAUUCAACUGCUAACAAGAACAUGGCUGUGAAUUGGGAGGAAAAGACAUUGUAUGAUUACUUGCUGAACCCCAAAAAGUACAUUCCUGGGACUAAGAUGGUAUUCCCCGGGCUGAAGAAGCCACAGGAUCGGGCUGACCUCAUUUCAUAUUUGAAGCAAUCUACUGCAUCUUAAUUACUCCCAGACUUUUAUUUUAGUUCCCCAAUUCCAUUUUGCAGUUGUUGGAGAUUCACACAGUGCGGAUAAAAGCACUAUUUUUUACCAAUAAAUUAGACCAUUUAGGUCUGCAAUGCUCUUUUGUUUGUUGAGCUUUGCUUGGUCAUUGCGUCCCAAGGAAGAGAUUGCUGUAAUUGGCAAGCGGAACAUUCAUUUCAGUUAGUUUUUUACGAAUAUUUCCCGAAUAUACUGGGCUAAUGAUAAUUUUAUUUUGAUUCUUGAUAA